AUGGCAUUAACAAGGAGUCAAGUUCAUAGUCAUCAGAAAUCACCAGAAAAGGCAGCAUUGCUGAAUCCUGAAGAUGUUUCACCUGAAAAUAUUCUAGGCAAUGAUGAUGAUGAUGAUGACGGUGAAUCUAAAACUGCACAACAAACAUUGCCCAUUAAGCCAAAGAAAAAAGUGUUUACUGACGACGAUCUAGUAGAUGAUUUAGCUACCAAAUCUAGUCUGGAGACUGCAACUUCAGUACAAGAAGAAAAAGAGGGAAAAGAAGAAGAUGAAGAGGAUAGCGACUCUGAUGAUUCCGGUUCUGAUUCUGAUGAUGCACCAGAGGAAGAAUCUACGAGCACAGCUAAGCAACAGGCUGUGCGUAGACAAGAGGAGGAAAAACAACGUCAACUAGCAUUACAAAAGGCCGAAAAAGAGCGAAGGAGGGUUAUUGAUGAGCGAAAUAAAUUACAAAAACAACAAAAGAGAAAGAAUAGUGAAAAGUCUUUGGGUGAUGCAAAGAAUCAGGAAUUGCCCGAGUUCUUACCAGAAGAUAUCGAACUGUUUAUCAAGCAGAGUACUCCAGUGGUACCGACAAAGCCAAAUAGACAUAUUCGACUUGAAGAUGAGGAUCAAGACCUCGAUGGGGCAGAGCUUGAAUCUUCUAUGCAAAGGAAAAGAAAACUUGAGCAGAAGUUGAAGGAGUUAAAGAAUAGAAAACGUAUUAGUGUGAAAAAGGGUCCUGUUUAUGUCCAAACACAGACGUUUGGGUUAGCACGUAAAGUAGUACCGAAGGCAGAGAGCAAGAUUGUUAAAAACAAGGCGAAAUGGCUAAAUAGAAAAUCAAUAAAUAGAAAGUAG